AUGGCGUCUACUUUGGAUGGUGACAAAAGAUGUCAGCUUAAGGAGGAUAUCAUUAAACAGCUGUACCUUGUGGCUUAUAUGCAAGGCAGCAAGCUCCCAACAUGUCUUGUUACUAAUUCAAAAUGUAGCAAGGUUCAGGUUCGCGGGGAUGGACGUACGGCUGUUGACAUGAGAUCACAUGUACACCAAACUGUUUUACCAGUGGUUAUAAAAGCUGAUCACCCAAUUCCAGUCUCAUGUAGUGUUUAUUAUUUCGAGAUAACGGUUAAUGUUAAAAGUCGGUCUGGCUUACUUGCUUUGGGUGUAUGUUCAUCACGUUCAUCUACAAAUGAAUGGCCAGGCAUGGAGUUUACAUCGUAUGGUUACCACAGUAAUAGUGGGACAAUUUAUCACAAUUCCAAAGAACUACCCAUUUCUGCGCCUCGUUUCGGUGAAUCCGACAUAAUUGGUUGCGGUGUGAAUUUUGUUAAUAAUUCUGUUUUUUUCACUAAAAAUGGUGUAUUUAUUGGACCAAUUAGUGCAGGUAAAAAGUUGCCACAUCCAGUCUAUCCUUGUGUUGCUUUCGCUUGUCCUAAUUGUCAUGUGAGCGUCAAUUUCGGUCACCAUAAAUUUGCAUAUAACAUUGGCCAGUAUAUUGCUCGUGAACGUGCUGUAGCAAUAAGUACAGCAGUUGAUCGUAAAUGUAAUGAUCAGUUAGCCUAUGUGACAAUGAGAAAUUUAGUUGCAACCUAUCUAUUACACAACGGUUUCCUUGAGUCUGCUCAAGCUUUAGGUGAAUGGGUUACAAAGGCUUCUAUCGAUUCGUCUACUACGACCAAUGAAAACAAUGAUAACACUGACUAUGGUGUACAUCAGAAUGAUAGCAAUAACUAUGACACAAAUGGUGAGUCACCUGUAAAAUUAUCGGCAUCCGGAACAUCGAAUGGUGGUUGUCCAUCAUCCACAGAUAAACCUGUGUAUCAAAUGGAUUCAAUAGUAGAUUCUACGAAUGGCACUUGUCAUUUAGAUACUAAUCACAGUGAUAAUAAUCACAAUACUACUAACAUUGAUCAUACCAGUAAUAAUUCCGAUGAAUUAAAUGGUGAACACCGAUCGACAUUGCCAACAACGAUACCAUCAUCUAUGCCAACCAGUCAACAAGAUUGGUCGUCAACAAAUAUAGUCAAAUCACCAAAGGAUACACUUUUAAAUGAUUUAUUUCGUUGGCCUGAAGCUGUGGAUAUAUUAUUAAGACGAAGACAUUUAAGAGAGACUAUUCGUAAUGGCAAUUAUUUAUCUGCAUUAAAUCAAUUGAAGGAUUAUUUUCAAACCUUAUGGGAAAAUGAUCCAUCUAUUGCAUUUGUAUUAAAAUGUCAUCAUUUUAUAGAUUUAAUACGUCAACAUUAUGCAACUAAUUCUUCACAGGCACCUGUAUCUUUAAACGGUUUACCUGAAGAUAGUAACAAUGGUAAUACUAGGAAAACAUUACAAUCUAAUGGCUUCGCUACUCAUCGAAAUAAUCAAAAAAGAAUGAAACCUUCCAGCUCGUUAGAAUCUUCACCUGAAAUAUCAACAACAACAUCAACCACACCUAAUGAACACGAUUGUCAAUGUAAACAUUUGAUUAAUUCUAAUCAUAAUCAUUAUUCAAUCAAUUCAGAGAAUAAAUCUCAAACACCAAUUGAUACAAAUCAUUCUGUCAUCAAUCGAUCGUCUUGUUUAACAUCAACUACUAAUAAUUGUAAUUCUUCACAUAAUAGUAGUCCAUUAGAUUAUCAACCACCUGUUAGGCUUCGUUUUAACUUACCAAGUAAUGAAUGGAGUAAUGGAUUGUUAUCAACAACAACAACAACAGCACCAACAACAAAUGAUGAAUAUUGCUCUGAAAUUCUACCGUCAGUCUUUCCAAAACAUGGUCCUUCUUUUAAUGAUAUUAAUCAUUCUACUAAUGGUACUGCUGUUAGCCUUGAUAAUAAUAAUAAUGAUAAUAAUAGUAAGAAUAAUAAUGAUUCAUCAGACAUUAUUUGUCCUGUUAUGUUCCCUGUCUAUGCAGAAAACAAUCAUAUCAAGGCUAAUGAAAUUAUCACAAAUGGCAAUUCAAUUUAUUCGCUAAUUCAUAAUGCUGAUGAUAAUUCUGCCCUGUCUUUGUCUGACAUCAAUUCAAUUCAUCAUGAGAAUAAUUUUAAAGAAACUAAACAAAAUGGUGGUGAUUUAUUGCAUUCAAUCACUGGUAAUGGACAUUGUUAUGAUAAUUCCAUUCAUACUAAUCAUCUACUUCAUCAAGAUUAUUUUAAUAAUAAUGAUGACGAUGAUGUUGAUGAAAGUGCAGAUCAAGUAUUAAAUAAUGAACUACGUGAUUUAAUUGAAUAUGGACGUAAUUUACGAUCAAGUGCAUUAGAAUUGCAUCGUCAAGAAGUGAUCAGUUUGGAACAAUGGUUAUUUUUAAGUGAUGCAUUCAGUUUAGUUGCAUAUCAAAAUCCGUAUAAAAGUCCACUUAGUGAUUUGUUACAUCCAAAAUACCGAGAAUUACUAGCUGAUGCUGUAAAUGAUGCUAUUUUAGUACAUUUAAAACAACCUUGUCGUCCGGUUUUGGAUAUAGCUUUAACAUAUUUAGAACAUGUUUUAACCGAUGAAGGUUCAUCGUUUAAUGCAACUACCAAUGGAUCGUUUGCCUUUUAUCGUUUCAAAUCUAGUCAACCAAAUGUUAAUGGAUUAUCUGUUGAUCCUUUACAAAAUAUAAAUGCUACUUGUAAUACUACCACUACAACUGAUAAUAGUUGUCCUACAUCUAGAACAGCUAAUCAAACACCGAUUAAUGAAUCUACAACAACACUCGUUUCACGUGAUACUCCAACUACACCAAAUCGUAGUAUAGCAAUUGGUAUAAUGCAUCGUAAUGAUAUUGAUCAUGAAACACGUCAUAUAACCGCUGAUGUUCAAACAUACGCUUUAAGUUUAAAUGAAUUCAACGGUUCUGGAAAUCUACUUCGUCCUGCUAGUACUUCAAUUAUAUCAAGUUCUUUGUAUGUUCCACCAUCGGCAUUAAUUUCGUUGACUGGACGAAACAAUAAUCCAACUACUCGAAGUCCCGAUACACAGAGAUCAUCAUCAUCAGCGACAUCACGUGCAAGACCAACAAGUUUACAAAAUUUAAUUCAUCAACGAAAUCAAUCACAAUCUACUGAUUAUCAAACUACUACUACUUCUACUACUACUCCUACUACUACCACCACUGCUAAUACAUUGGCUUCUGUUAGUACUAGCACUUCACCUUCACAUUUCAAUCGUUUUCUAGUCACAACAUCCAAUUGGCCUGUUUCUGCACCUUUUUCCUCAUCGUCAGCUACCACUGCUACUGCUACAACAACAACCACUACUACUAGAACUCAAAAUCCUAAUCGAUUCUCACCGUCACGUGUUACAGUUACCUCUUCUCUUACUAAUACACAUGCACCGACUGGACCGGAAUUAGCAGGAUUUUUUCAUCCCAUUUUAUUUAUAGGAUAA